UAAGCCAAAUAAUGACGUUGGAAGAGAUAAUUAGGCCUCCGUUUUCUCUACAAGUCCCCCUCCGAGACUCCCCUUCACUCACUCCCUCACCCUGCGUGGCGGCGGACACUCAUCGCUCUCCUCACCAUUUCCUCACAUUUCCGGCUGAAUUUCGUGCGGUUGGCAGGCGAGCAGAAAGCAGGGCCGCGAGUCGCCAUUCCGGGGUGUGCAGCAGCAGAACCUCAGCAGCGGGCGCCUCCUCCUUGUCCCUCUUGCAGCACCCAGCAGCCCUCGACGGCACUUUCAUGAUUUUAUUCAGUUGGCACAAGGGACACAUAUCCCCUGGAAAUUGUAUAUUAUCAGUGGAGCCGCUCCGAGGCUUGCUGACACAAUCUUGUAUGUGUGCGUGCGCCUCAGACUCUCCCCUUGAUAUUAGAAAUAGACAGUUUUCCAGCAACCGGCAUCGUAAACUUCAGCCAUUCAGGACCUCGUGACUUCAACAAGCCACCCGCCCAGACAGACAUCAUCCCAUUGCUUACUGGCACUAGCUGUUUUGUGUGCUUUAUUUGGUUGUCGUAGCUGUUGUCCCUCAACGGGCACCAAGAACCCACUUAUGCUGUAUAUACUAAACCAAGAAGAGACCAGUGGAAAGGUGAAAAGAACCACAAGAGGCACCUCUUCCCUCAGGACAACUCCUGUCACAUAGACUCUGGAUGUGGCUUCCCCAUCCCCCCCUGCCGCUGGCAUCUCCCUUCGUUUCCACCAGGAGUUGUAUGGGCGUUCACAAACCGCAUGACCAACGCAGGAAGUGAACCCCUCGGGACUGACUUGAUGCUCUACCUAGGAAGCUGUUUUUUCUGUCCAGACUUGUGACUUGACACAACACCCCACGUCCCCCACGGCCCACGCGGCUCACCCCGGCAACACUACCUGCCACCUCUGACUGACUGAGACACCGACCCCAAACACCACCAAGAUGAGUUACAACGUGAACCGCAGCGUCAUGGACGCCUUCUACCGCUACAAGAUGCCCAAGAUCAUGGCCAAGGUAGAGGGCAAAGGCAACGGCAUCAAAACCGUCGUUGUCAACAUGGUGGACGUGGCCAAGGCUCUAGGCCGCCCACCCACCUACCCUUGCAAGUACUUUGGCUGUGAGUUAGGCGCACAAACCCAGUUCGACACCAAGAACGACCGCUACAUCGUCAAUGGCUCCCAUGACGCGGCCAAGCUCCAGGACCUCCUCGACGGCUUCAUCAAGAGAUUCGUCCUCUGCCCUGAGUGCGAGAACCCUGAGACCGUCCUCUUCCCCAACGAAAAGAAGGGCAUCAUCAAGCAGUCGUGCAAGGCGUGUGGCUACCAAGGAAUGCUGGACAUGAGGCACAAACUCACCACUUACAUCCUCAAGAACCAUCCAGACACCAAGCCCAACCAGCCUGGCACAGCCCUCACCAAAAGGAAGGAGCGCAGCAAGAAGGCCGAGAAUGGCCAGAAGGACUCCCUGCGACCCAACUCACCCCGGGCCGACAAGUCAGACGCCUCAGACGACAACAUGAACGGCGAUGCUGACGACCUGGACGACGACUGGAGUCUUGACGUGAGCGAGGCAGCCAUGAAGGAGCGUCAGCGAGGCCUCACCGCCGGCGUCAAGAACCUCACCGUCUCCAACGACAUCGAGAAGACCCAGAGUGAGCGCCUGGAGGUGUUCUUUGAGUACUGCAAGGCCAAGAAGGAAGAAGGACUCCUGAGACCCGGAGCCGAGGUGGCCGUCUUCAAGGACAUUGCUGGUGAGGCGGAGAGGCUGGAGAUCAAGGAGAACAAGGCUGUCAUGGUGCUGGUGGAGCUGCUGCUUGACGACAACAUCAUCAAGCAGAUCCCCCAGUACCGCAUCCUGCUGCUUCUGUUCACCCACGGCAACCCCAAGAGCCAGAAGUACUUCAUCGGCGCCGUGGAGAAGCUGAUUGAACUCAACAAGGACAGCCUGCUCUCCAAGGUUCCCGUCAUCUUCAAGGCGAUGUACGACCACGACGUGAUUGAGGAGGAGGUGCUGCUGGACUGGGGCAAGAAGGUCUCCAAGAAGUACGUUAGCAAGGAGACUGCGGCCGAGAUCCACGCCAAGGCCCAGCCAUUCCUCAAGUGGCUGCAGGAGGCUGAGGAGGAGGAGACCACUGAAGAGGAGGAAGAUGAUGGGGAUGUGGAGGUGAAUGUGGAGUUUGAUGCCCGUGCCCUGAACCAGAGCCUGAAGGAACAGGAGGCCAAGCUGGCUGCCGAUACCAAGCCUGUGGUGGCCGAGGCUCCCAAGAUCAACGGCUCAGGGGAAGACCAGGCAGACGAUGGGGACGAUGACGAUGACGAUGACAGCGACCUGGACAUUGAUAACCUGUAAGCGGCAACACCAUCACAACAACCCUGCAGAGAGAGAGCGUCAGUCAGUCUGCCGGCUUGACUGGGGUUUGGUCACAGCAUUCUGUAAUGGACUGAGUCUCCCAAAGUCCUGCUUGUUCCAUAACGUAGCUUUUAUCCCUCAAAAGGCAACUAUAUAUCUGAGGCGUGUCAUGGCAGAGGGGCUCACACGCGUCAUAAUGUAAUGGUAUGUGAGUCGCUGUGUCACUACCCGCCUUGUGACUAAAGGUAAAUGUCUGUUCCUGUGAUACUAAUGAACUUUUGAUAGCCUCUCUGUCCUGGCAUCUAGCUUUUUUGUUUGAAGGAGUUCUUGGCUGACUUGGUCCAUUGGCGUUGUGCUUGAAGUGUAUACAAUCCUGCGCUCUAGUGGCCUCUUUACUUGUGUGGUUUCAAGUUUAUUGAGUUGCUUUGUGCUGUAGACGGAUAGCCUCUUCAGUUCCAUGGAAAUUCUUGAUACUAUUAGACUUAGAACUACACAAGUAAAACAUUGUAACCAUUUUGCACAAGACAUAAAUGCAUGUAGAAGUGUUUAUGUUCACAUGUUAAUAGUUGGGUCAUGAUGAAAAUUCUUACCACGAAAAGGACAUUCUGGAGCAAUUGUGUUCGCAUUGUGGCUGGCGUGUAUUUCAGGCCUCACACAAAAAUUAUUCAGACUCCUGCUGUUAUGUCUCUAUACUCACAUACAUCCUGUUAGCUACAGUAGGACCAUAGUGAAGAUCUCAGCCUCUCGGCUCAUAAUCAUACCAAGCUUUUAGAUAGUGGUGUCAAGAUAACAUCGUGCAUUUAUGACCAUUGAUGAUGGUGUCAAGCUGGGAGGCCCGACGUGCCGUCGCGCGUGUCCGUUCCUCCCUUCACUAGAGGUAGAGAGUCAGUUACUCGCUGUUACUGUGUGUGCGUAUCACUCCUGUUUCCUGCAUUGUUACUUGGUGUUUGGGCCUCUUCAAGUAAUCAGUAUAAAUGUUUUCCAAUCUUAAUAACUUUUCAGAUGUCAUGCAUACAGCUUGUGGGUUCUUGUUCAUAUGACUGUCAAUAAUUAUUGCUCGACUCAAUUGCAAACAUCCUAGUGAGUGUGGCAGUGGAUGAUAUAUUCUUGUGGUGGCGGAGAGGGCUGAGGCGGAAGGGCCGGAGUGGCUGCCGCGAAGUGUGGCAGCGCGAGGCUCUGGUCUGCCCGCCUGGCCGCUCCCCCCCACAGCAUGCGUUUGUGGUGUGGCGGCUUGAUCAUACUCGACAUACUACUAUAUACAGUACUAUGAACCUGUGAUCUUAGUUUGACUGGUGAGGGGAAUUACCAAGUAGGUGAGAGCAUGGCAACACUGUUUAUUUUCCAUAUAUAUAUCUACAUACAUUCUUUAUGCUGGUGAAGGGAAAUGCCAGUUCAGCAGAGCGAGGCAAUGCCAUAUUUUCCACGUACAUAUAUACAUGAAUAUGCACAUUAUAUACAAUUAUCAUAUGCUUUUUCGCCCCACAUUUUCUCCCGGCUAAAUACACACGACAGACACACAGAUGGUUCUAUCCCCUUGGCCAUAUCAUGUGAUAGACUAGGAAACAUAGACACAAGCCAGUCUUGUACAUAAAUCGGAAAAGCAUAAUCAUGGUGGUAGCUCAGUUUCUUGGCUGGUCUAAGUUUUGAGAGUGCAUCUACUUGUAAUUCUGCAAUAAAGACAUUGGGAUUCAACUCUUCAUAAUCGUUUACAUUAUUAUUAUUCUUAAGGGCGAAGGGAUGUUUUGUUACGACGGAGUAGUCUAACUUUUGUUUCAUACUACUGUUGGAAGGGAAUUGUGUUUAAGUUGUUUAUUGUCAAAACCUGUCAGUCUGGCACAGUGAAGACCCUGAAGGCUGUUGUGGCGCAGACUGGGCGCUCCAUCAGGUCACUAGGACACAACGUGGAGUGUAUUGCGAAGGGCGGCUGCCUCUCACCAACUUGUCGCCAUUUAUUAUUUUUUUCUUCCUCUUUUUAGAUAUUAUUGUAAAGCUGAUUAAUAAUUGUUGCAGCAUCA